AUGGCACUGAACGGACGGCUCCGGAGCGGUCGUCCGGCUCAUCACUUUCUGUUCAUCCUAGGCAUCGCUGCAAUAUUCUCCGUCUCCGACAUCGUCACUGCUAACUUAAGCAUUUCCGCCGAUCUCCUCCGCCGUCAGCAGACCACUCGCCACCGCUCCGAAAGCAUCUUGUCCGCUCUCGCCGACGGCAAUGCGCUGUCUCUCAUUACUCCUAGUUCCUCCUCGCCGCAGUCGAGAUCCCGCGUCUAUAACGUCAUGGAUUACGGCGCCGAUCCAACGGGGAUCGCCGAUUCUACAGAAGCAUUUAAACAAGCUCUUUCUGACGCCUGUGGCUCGCCGGAAGAUCGCCGUCUGAUGUCCGAAAUCACCGAUCUCGGCGGCUCCGAGCUCAAUCUCGGCGGCGGAUCAUACCUCAUCAGUAGCCCUCUCACACUCCCCUCCAAUCCUGUUGGAAACAUUAAGAUCCAUGGCGGCUCCCUUCGAGCCUCGAAUGACUUCCCAUGCGAACACUAUAUGAUUGAGCUCGGCUUCAACUCAUCAAAAUCAACACAUUCUAGAUACAACUUCGAGUUUGUAACCCUCUCCGGCCUCAUGAUUGAUGCUAACUACCGCGGCGGUGGAAUCGUCGUCAUAAAUUCUCUUCGCACCACCAUCAACAACUGCUACAUCAUCCACUUCACUUCCGAUGGAAUUUUCAUCCACUCUGGCCAUGAAACUCUAAUCACUAAUUCAUUCAUCGGCCAACACAUCACUGCCGGCGCCCAUCCUCUCGAGAAACAAUUCACCGGAACCGGAAUCCGCCUUACCGGCAACGACAAUAUCGUCACUGAUGUUGUCAUAUUCUCCGCAGCCAUCGGCAUAUUAGUCGCCGGCCAAGCCAACAUCCUCACCGGCGUUCAUUGCUACAACAAGGCAGCUGCUUUUGGUGGGACAGGGAUAUAUUUGAAAUUGUCAGGUCUUACUCAAACACGAAUAGUGAACUGCUAUUUGGAUUACACCAAUAUCGUGUCGGAGGACCCGGUUCAGCUUUACGUGUCCGGAUCAUUUUUCUUUGGGGAUGCUAAUGUGGUGCUUAAAUCGGUCAAGGGGGUGAUGAAGGGAGUUAAUAUAGUGGAUAACAUGUUUUCCGGCUUAGGCGGCGAAGGUGUUGAUAUCGUGCGGCUGGAUGAGUCCGGCGAGGCGUUUACAGCCGUUGAUCAGGUGAUGGUGGAGCGGAACAUGGUGGAUAACAUGCGAGUGAGAUCGACGGUGGCGAAGGCAUCGGUGCAGGGGAAUGGGACGACGUGGACGGUUGAUUUCAAACCGGUUCUAUUGUUCCCGAACCGGAUCGAUCAUGUGCAGUAUGCACUGCUCAAUACCGGUUCGGAAUUCCCAAAACAUGCUUUGAGGAGCGUGUUAGAUAACAUGGUUGUUAUUGAGUCUAACGUGCAGGUGGAGGCGACCGUUUAUGUGCAUGUGGAACAACGGUGGAAAUGA